AUGGAGAAAAGGCUUUAUAAUGCAACUAAGAAUGGCGACAAGAAUGAGUUAAUUUGUGGUUACCCUGAAACACCUUUGCAUGUAGCUGCAAUGCUUGGCCAUUAUGAUUUCACUGAUGAACUUCUCAUCCAAAUGCCUAAGCUGGCCAAGGAAUUGGAUUCCCGAAGGAGAUCACCGCUUCACUUAGCAGUAGGUAAAGGUCACAGGAAAAUUGUGAUAAGGUUACUCGAGGUCAACCCUGAUAUGUGCUUUAUCUGUGAUAUUGAUGGGAGGAACCCACUUCAUAUUGCGGCCAUGAAAGGCCGACUUGCUGUGCUGCGAGAGUUGCUUGAAGCUGGACCCUGGGCAGCUCUGUCUCCGAUGGCCCAAGGUGACACAAUUUUGCAUGCCUGUGUGAGAUGGAAUCAGCUUGAGGCCUUGAAAUUAUUGUUGACAGAAGGAAUUUGGGAUGAAGAAUUUGCCAUAGACUUUCUCAUUCGUCAGGAAGAUGUGAACAAAAAUAUCAAGAAUAAAGAUGGCUUGAAGCCAUUCGAACUUUUAUCACAAAAUCAGAGAGAUGAGUUUGCCAAGGAUGAGUCAUUAUCUGACACAAUAAGGAGCAACAUCUUAGUAUCCACACGAGAACCUGAUCAACCAAAUGCAAUAUCGGAAGCUAAGAGAAGCAAUGUUGAUUGGUUGAAAGGAAAAGGCCACAACCUAAUCCUGGUGGCUUCCCUGCUAGCAGACAUGGCAUUCCAUGCAGCCGUCAAUCCUCCUGGUGGAUUUUGGCAUGACAACGACCCAAGCCACAGGGCAGGGCAUUCUAUAUUUGCAGAUACGUAUCCAAAUACAUAUACCCAAUUCCUCAUGUCAAAUACAUUUGGUUUCAUGGCAUCUCUCAUCAUCAUCCAAUUGCUUAUAAGCGGAUUGCCAAUCCGGCGUAAGUUGUUUAAGCAGGUUUUAAUAGCCGUCAUGUCGGUUGCCAUUGUUGCCAUGGGAUUUGCAUAUGCAGUCUCUCUCGUACCUUUAACAUCCGAUCCUGCAUACCCUUGA